AUGUCAUACAGAAACACAUCAGCAAAAGAUGCGCCCUUGUACGGCGCUCCCAAGCCUGCGAAGAGGCAAAAGUCAUCUCGCGAGAUCUCCUCGUCCAACACACUCGCCUUCACUUCGCAGCUGCAGUCCCUGAUCUCAGCCGGCCCCAACUCCUCCGCCAAUCCCAGCCGCUCAUCCACAUCACGACCACGUCCCAAGAAGGAAGACAUCUUUGCCGAACACAAUCGCAAUGUGAAGAAGCGUGCUCAAAAAGACCUCGACGACGACUCUCCCGCCUUUGACCAGAAGCACAGCACAUCGUCCGAAGCUCUAGAUUCUUCAGCAUGGCACCGCUCCAAGCGGAAGAUGGAAGAGAAGGCUCGUCUGUACGCUGCCAUGAAACGAGGCGACGUCGGCGAUGACAACGACACUCAUCUGGUAGAUUUUGAUCGCAAAUGGGCAGACCACCAGGACAAACAGCUAUCUGAUCAGUCCUCUUCAGACGAAGACUCGGACAGCGAUAAAGACAUGGUAGAAUGGGAAGACGAGUUCGGUCGCACACGUACAGGCACUGCUGCUCAACGCGCUCGCGAACAGAGACUUGCCCAGCUAGGCGAAGAGGCCGCUCUGCGCUCACGACCAGACAUGCCCACAAACCUCAUUGUAGGCGACACAGUCCAAGCAGCUGCCUUCAACCCAGACGAACCUGUCGCCCAACAAAUGGCCGACCUAGCCGCCAAACGCGACAGAUCUCUUACUCCACCUCCAGACACCCACUUUGACGCUUCCAAGGAGAUCAGACAGAAGGGUGUUGGUUUCAUGCAAUUCAGUCUGGAUGACCAGGAACGCAAGAGACAAUUCGAGAAUCUGGACAUGGAGCGCGCCGAGACUGAAAGAGUGCGUGCUGAGCGUGAGAAGAGGAUCAAGGACCGCAAAGACGAGAUUGAGAGACGAAGAAACGCCAUCAGACAGAAACGAGGCAAGAUAGAGGCUGAUGACUUCUUGACUGGUUUGGGUCAAGAAUUGAGUGCUCGACCUGCAAACGAAGAUCANAAAGAAGGACCUGCGACCGAGGAGUCAUAG